CGCGCCUGCGCCUCUCUCUUUCUCUCUUACCAACCCCGCUCCCCUUUUUUCUAGCAACUUCCCCGACCUCUGACGUCAUCACCAGGCGCCGUAGUAGCCGAGCCGGACUGUUUCCGUUGAACUCUGGGAGAGAAAGCUGAGUCGCGCGUCGGGGUGUGCGCGAGGGAAGAGGAGGAGGAGGAGGAAGAAGAAGGGGACCGAGGAGGGGAAGAAGAAGAAGGCGACGAAGAGGAGGAAGGGAGGGAGGGUCGGCGUUACCCGGCAUUCUCCGCGCGGCCUGGCUUUAACGAGCGGAGGCGGCUUCUCCUCCGUCUGUCGGCCCGCGCGCCAUGUCUGAGGGCGGCGAGAGCCCCCAGGGCCCCGGCGAGAGCCAUCCCGCCCCUGCCGCCGCCGCCACCGCCUCCGCCGCCACCGAGCCGCGGAUCAUUAAAGUCACCGUGAAGACCCCGAAGGAGAAGGAGGAAUUCGCCGUGCCCGAGACCAGCAGCAUCCGGCAGUUUAAGGAAGAAAUCUCCAAGCGUUUUAAGGCUCACACAGACCAGCUUGUAUUGAUAUUUGCUGGAAAAAUUUUAAAAGAUCAAGAUACAUUGACUCAGCAUGGAAUCCAUGACGGACUUACUGUUCAUCUUGUCAUCAAAACACAAAACAGAUCACAUGAUAAUUCUGCCCAGCAAUCAAGCACUGCAGGGAGUACUGCUACAACAACAACAUCUACCAGUAGUACAUCUACAAAUUCAACAAACACCAGCCCUUUUGGCUUGGGUGGCCUUGGAGGACUUGCAAGUUUGAGUAGCCUUGGCCUGAAUACCUCAAACUUCUCAGAAUUACAGAGUCAAAUGCAGAGACAGCUCAUGUCUAAUCCAGAGAUGAUGGUUCAAAUUAUGGAAAAUCCCUUCGUUCAAAGUAUGCUUUCAAAUCCAGAUCUAAUGAGACAAUUAAUUAUGGCUAACCCUCAGAUGCAGCAGUUGAUACAGCGAAAUCCAGAGAUCAGUCAUAUGCUUAAUAAUCCAGAUAUAAUGAGACAGACUUUAGAGCUUGCUAGAAACCCUGCAAUGAUGCAAGAAAUGAUGAGAAACCAAGACCGUGCCUUGAGCAACCUUGAAAGUAUACCUGGUGGCUAUAAUGCUUUGCGACGCAUGUACACGGACAUACAGGAGCCAAUGCUGAAUGCCGCCCAGGAGCAGUUUGGAGGCAAUCCAUUUGCUUCACUAGUCAGCAAUUCAACAUCAGGUGGGGACAGCCAGCCGUCACGCACAGAAAACCGAGACCCUCUGCCAAACCCUUGGGCUCCUCAGUCCGGCACACAGAGCUCCCCGGGCAGCGGAAGCAACAGUGGCGACAACACCAGCGGAGGCUCCAAUGCUGGGAGUAGCACCACAACAAGCACAGGGCAGAGCGCAACAGCACCAAACCUGGGACCUGGCCUAGGAUCUGGAAUGUUCAGCACACCUGGAAUGCAAAGCUUGAUGCAGCAAAUAACAGAAAACCCACAGUUGAUGCAGAACAUGUUGUCUGCCCCCUACAUGAGAAGCAUGAUGCAGUCAUUGAGCCAGAACCCUGAUCUUGCUGCACAGAUGAUGCUGAAUAAUCCUUUAUUUGCUGGGAAUCCUCAGCUCCAAGAACAAAUGAGACAACAAAUUCCAACUUUCAUUCAGCAAAUGCAAAAUCCAGACACGCUCUCUGCCAUGUCGAACCCCAGGGCUAUGCAAGCUUUGCUACAGAUUCAGCAAGGUUUACAGACUCUAGCAACAGAAGCGCCAGGACUUAUACCUGGAUUCAAUGCUGGUUUAGCAGGUUUGGGAAAUUCUGGUUUAGGAAGUGCUGGAUUGGGGAGCACCAGCAUUCCUACUGGAACCACAGCACCCACUUCCGUCCCAAGUGAAAAUGCAACUCCAGCAUCAGGAACUGGUGAAACUGGACAGCAGCAAUUUGUUCAACAGAUGUUGCAAGCACUUGCUGGGGCAAAUGCUCAGCAACUACAAAACCCAGAGGUCCGAUUUCAGCAGCAACUGGAGCAGCUCAGUGCAAUGGGCUUCUUGAACCGCGAAGCAAACCUACAAGCUCUAAUAGCAACAGGAGGUGAUAUCAAUGCAGCCAUUGAAAGGCUACUGGGUUCCCAACCAUCAUAGCAACAUUUCUGAAACUUGAAAAAUGUAAUUUAUUUUUGAUAACAGCUCUUAAAUCUUUAAAAUACCAGCUUUAUUUCAUUCUGACUCUUGGGAAUUGUCUUGUUCUAACUAAACCCAGUCUGAUGCAUUAAGGUGGAGUGCGGUAGUUUUCUUCGAACAGUGGGAAUCAAUGCUUUUCACUUGGUUGUUGCAUGCAUCAAACACUUCUUCAUUCUGCAUUUAUUGUGAUUCUUUUUUAAAGGAAAUCUGCUUCCGCAGUUGGGUGACCAGGUUUUAUCUGACCUUCAACUGUCCAAUUUAGUUGCUUCUUAAACAUUAGCCUUCGAUAGUAAUUUAUGUAGAAUACAAAUUAAAGAGGAUACUAAUUGAAGCUAUGAUUUGUGGGUACAUAUUGCUUAUUGUGACUUGGCAUGUCUCUCUUGCUAGCGAAAUGCUGUAAGAUUUAUACCACUUGAUUUAGCUCCUAUUCUUGCUCUUUUAUCUCAAGUAUAUACACAUGGAAGCAGUUUAUUUUCCAAGCAACUUUUUCAUGGCAGAAUAAUAAAACAUCUCAAAAACAGAAUAAAUGAAAUAUAAAACAACUCCAGUGUAGUAGAAUCUUACAGCAUCUUUAGCAAGCAUCUCUUAGCAGAAGUGCUUUGGCAAAUUCUUUUAAAAUACUAGGAUUGCUGAUCUGAUCUAAUCUUGACAACUGUACAGAAACCUGCAUUGUAACAUUGUUUCAAUAUUCACAAGGAUUGAUUGUAAAUUACCUUCAUCUUUGUGCCGAUUCAGAAAGCCCAGACGUUUGCUCUAAAACUGCUUUUGCCUCAAAGCUCUUCAAGCUUUAUCCCUUUGAGAUUCUGACUUGCAUUAUGAUUUGUAAUUGGGCGCAUAUUUUCACUGACACUGUCAUGUGAUACUCUAAUUACUUUUAACCACCAUGUAAAAAUACUGUAUAUCUUUUGGGUUUUUAUUGGUAGUUAUUUCUCUUGUGCACAGGUAAUAAAUGAAUUAAACUUCUUUGUGAGCAACUA